GACUUUCCUGCCAUUUCUGCUUAGGUUCAUCUGCAGACUCAGCAGGAAGUGAAGCUACGCAUGACAGGGAUGGCGUUGCGUGUGAUUCGUAACGAUGGCUUUCUAGCACUCUACAAUGGGCUCAGUGCCUCACUUUGCCGACAGAUGACAUACUCUCUCACCCGCUUUGCCAUCUAUGAGACGGUGCGGGACCACUUGAACCAGGGUGCCCAGGGGCCGAUGCCUUUCUACCAGAAGGUGCUGCUAGGUGCAGUAGGAGGCUUUACUGGUGGGUUCGUGGGGACCCCGGCUGACAUGGUGAAUGUCAGGAUGCAGAAUGACAUUAAGCAGCCAGCACACCUGCGGCGCAAUUACUCCCAUGCCCUGGAUGGCCUGUAUCGGGUGUUUCGUGAAGAGGGUGUGAAGAAAUUGUUCUCAGGAGGAACAAUGGCAUCAAGCAGAGGAGCCUUGGUUACCGUUGGACAGGUACGAAUCCGGAGUCAAUGUUGCCUAUGAUCUACUUCUGAAUAUAAGCAAGUGUGUUCAACUAGGCCAGGAACGAGUAUCCUUUUCAGUUCCAUGUGGUGGUGGAUGGUGGAUCAGAAUCUGUAGCUACAUGUGCACACAUUCAUAAACAUUAAGAGUGUACAAAAUUCAGUGACCUGGAACAGAAUAUUUGAGGGAACUCCAGAACAUUCUGUUCUCCUUCCAGAGCAUGCCAUUCCAGGGGCAUUUUGGUGGUUUCUGUAAAUAAAUUCCCUGGGAGUGGUUCAAGAUACAGUGGUAC